AUGGCGCCGCUGAACGAUUACGACGUCACUCAAUCAAAUUCUCGACCGAUCGAGGGCCCUGGGCGCGAGUUCCUUGCUCAAUGGAGCAAUCCGGCUAGUAUAUUUACUAUACUGCUCAUCAUCGGAGGCGAUGUGAUUCAACUCGCCUGCUCCGCCGUCACAGGAGGACCACGAUUUCCACCAACGCCCCUUGCCUUCUCCUUUGGCUGGGUCAGUUAUAUCGUGGCUGCUCUGCGAUCCCCGAUCAGCGACAGCCCGCUUCUAUCUCCGCCCGAGAUAGACAUCAAGGUGAUUAAUCUUGAUUCCGGUUACGGCCGCCAAAACCCCUCCUGGGUUCUCAGUCGUCUUGUCAAGGCAUACGGCUCGUGGAUGCCAGAAGAGGUGCGAGGAAACAUCCCACCCCCUAAAACGACAUCGGGUGCAGAUUCAGCACCUAUCGUCUCACGACGCGGCGGCCUAUGUGUCGCCGUAUAUCGCUGGCGCAAGAAAUCUCUACCUGGAGUCUCCAUACGUGACAUUUACUGGUGGAGUGGAUACGGAGUUACGGCUCUCCAACUCAUCAUAGCAGCCAUCCCAAUACUCUUGUACGGCAACUGGGCUAUCUUCCUGGCUACGGCUGCCGGGUCUCUCUUCGCAUAUGUCUUCCUGGCCAUGCCGCAGUGGCGAGAGGAGAAGUGGGGGAUACAGCACGCCAAAAAGACCAAAGCCAUUGCACUGACACGCGGUAAUGGGUCACAGCAUGUCAUCAUCAUCAAAGGCCAAUGGUAUCUCCUUUUCGUUGGUGGCAUUGGUAUGAUUCACAACAUGAUCAUCGCCGCAGCUCCGCGAAGACCAGAAGCGCUGGGUCUCCCGAUUGAAGUAUGCAAUGAUGAGGGAUCUAGUGGAGUAUUUGCGACACCAAAGGUCAUGUGGACAUCUAUGGAGUUGGAAAUGAAGUAUCCCAAGUGCGGCAAGCGGCUUCUGGAAGAGUUUUUCCACGGCCCACUCAUAGACUGGGAAACGCGAUGGUGGGAGCUACCGAGUGAUGACCUUGAGCGAGAGGAGAUUAUUGGACAGAAGUUUGUGGAAAUUUGGUCGAAAUAG